AAGAAAGAGAAGGAUAGGAAUGGAAGAGGGAGAUAGAGAGAGAAAGAAGGAGAGAAAGAGGAAAGAAAACGAGAAAGAGAGUGAGAGACAAAGAGAGAAAAGAGAGAGAGAGAGAGAGAGAAAUGGAAUUUCUCUAUUUCACAUGUCCUCACUUUCUUCAUUACAGAUUAAUAAACCUAUUGAUGGUUGGAACAACUCCUUUAAUGAUUGCCUCUCAAGUGGGCGCCGAUAGAAGAAUCAUCGACAUUUUGAUAAAAGCUGGUCCGGAGUUAGAAGCGAAAGACUUCGGGGGUCAGACAGCUUUGCAUUGGGCUGUGUAUGGGGAUCAACCUCAUGCAGUGGAGAUCUUACUAUCUCGGGGUUGUGACGUUAAUCCUCGAGAUGAAGAUGGUCGAACACCGCUGUACUUGGCCUGUUGGUGGGGAUACUUGCACAUUGUCGACAUUUUGUUGGGUCACAAUGGCAUCGAUGCCAAUGUGGUUGACAACGAUGGAGACACUCCACUGCAUUUGGCAGUUCAGCGUACUUUCAGUUGCAAGUAUAAAGUGGUGUCUGUGAUGCUGAAGCAGGGUUCUGUUCAGUUGGAUAUUCAAAACAAUCAGAAAAGGACACCAUUGCUUGAAGCCGUUUCCCAGGGUCACCUCGGAAUGACACACAAGCUUAUAGCCCUGGGUGCAAACAUAAAUGCUGUUGAUGGUGAAGGUAACAGCUGUUUGCACCUGGCCGUGGAAAGAGAAGUGUUUGAUUCCGAGGAUGCACCCUUGGAUUUACUAAACGAAUGCUGCACUUCCCUUAACCUGAAAAUAGAAGAAAGGCUCUCUGGUAUAGUGGUUGCGAGAUAUCUCGCCAGCCAGGGAGCGGACUUUCACCAUAAAAACAACAAAAAUAACACACCAUUGGACCUCAUUAAGGACCCAAAUUUGAGAAAAAAAUUAGAAGCAUUUUUACCACCACAGUAAGUAUUUCCUGGCAAUGGAACAGAUAAACCAGUACAUUUUCUAUUUUGUAUAUAAUCAUAUUUAUAUGUUUAUUUCGUUUUAAUUCUACCCAUACAUUAUACUGUCGCUAGUGUUUUUGUCAAAGGCCACACAAUAAACAAUAUGCAGUUCUCAGGAGAUCAAAG